AUGCCUCCCCUCCCCCUGCUCCCCCUUUUGCCCCUCUUCCUCCCCCUCCUCCCCCUCUUCCCCCCCUCCUCAGCAGCAGGGGGCGCUGUGAUGUCGGUCAGAGUCUGUCAGAGUUCAGAGACUCCGUCAGGAUUCACCCUGAGGUGCAGCAGCCGCGCCCUCACACAGGUCCCAGUGGGUCUCCCGGUCCACACGGUCCGUCUCUUUUUGGACAGAAACUUGCUCCAGUCUCUGCCUCCGAAUGGGUUUGUCUAUCUGCACCGCCUGGAGAGUCUGGACCUGUCCAACAACAAGGAGGUGCUGCCGCUGCUGCAGUUGGACCCUCUGUCUCUGAAUGACGUCAUCUGCCAGAGCUCUGACAUCCCCAACCUGGGUGCAGUGGGGGCUCCGGUCUUGGUUCUGGUCGAGGACUGGGAUCUGUGUGCGUUGGUUCGAAGACAGGUGGACCUGGUGAUGCUGCUGACCAUGGGGGUGUGGUUUCUGGCGAUGGUUCUGUUCCUCUUGUUCUACAUUCACCAGAAUCAAGUUCAUGCACGGCGCCACCUGCAGUACAUCAAGACCAUGCACAUGAACCCGGAACCAGAACCAGAACUGGAACCAGGAGCAGGACCAGGAGCAGAGCUGUUGCUGGAGCUGGAGAUGGAGCCUAUCGAGGAUUGA